AUAUAUUUUAUUUGUAAUUUCUAUAUAUGUUAUUGCUAUUUUUUGUUUAAAGAAUGUCCGAGUCAUCUUUUAAAAAACUAAAAAUACUGCAAAACUAAAAACCAAAACCAAAAGCUAGAAACCAAAAUCAAAAACUGAAAACCAAAACAAAAACUUAAAAAUCAAAAACCAAAAUCUAAAAACUAAAACCAAAAUCUAAAAACCAAAAACUAAAACUAAAAACUAGUUCAAACAAUCAACACCUGAAGAUUUUUUGUAAGUUUUUCCUCUGUAACCUGCAUAAUUGUUUAAUAAAUCAUUUUUUUCGGGAAUUGAAACUUGGACCUGCUGGUGUAAAAACAUUAAUAAACUCUUAGUCAAACUACUCAAAUAAGUGUGCUUCCACUACUAGAGAUUCUUUAUUAACUACAAAAGGAAGAGAGAAACAGAGGUCGAAGCAAAAUCUUUUAAGCAUCAGCCCAGAAGUUUAAGACUAAAAACCUAUACAUGCAUUUUGGGCCAAUUUGUCCGUAUCAAUCAGUUUAACUCGAGACCAAAUUGGAGUUUUUGUAGUUUCUUUGAUAAUAUUUAUUGAUUGCAGUGGAACAAGUGCGUAAAUGAUUAUUCUGGAUCAAGUGGAAUAGAAGACACUAAUUCAACAUGGCGUAAUAGCUAUGAAAUAUUUAGCUAAUUCUUUCUCACAUUUCAUAUUGUCAACAUAGCGAUUAAGAGCAGCUCCGAUGGGAUGUAUAGGGGAUCUAAAAAUAAAAAUAAAAGAAAAAAUUAAAAGAAAUUAAGAAAAAAAAAAGUUCUAAUCUUGCUACUUUUAGACUACCUCUCUAAUGUGAGUUCUUCUCAUUGGAGUUCUUAAAAUAUAUAUCAUAUAUGUAUAUAUGUAUGUAUAUAUUAUAUAUAUAUAAAUAUUUGUGGGAUUCAUAAUUUUUGUGGAACCCCGUAAUCAAAAGUUCUUAAAAUAUAUUUUAAGAGCUCCAAUGGAAAGAACCACCAUUGGAGGUGUUCUUAAAAACCUCUACUUCUUAUCUGUCACCGUCUAAAUGCAUCUUUCUCCAUAUGUGAUUUAAUUUAAAUCAAAACUUAUUUAUUUAAUUUUAAUACUAUUAUUUUGUUUUUAGGAACCCUUGUUUUAUAUACUGAGCGUUAAAGUUGCUCUAAUCAUUCAAGUAGAAAGAACUAGCAGAAUUUAUCUGGAAAUGUAUGUAUAUAUUAACAUUAUAAAUGAUUGAUAAAGAAGCCAAUUAGUUAUUUUUAAUGACACAAGUUACUCACAGGGCUUAACCAAACGAAUAAAUGAAAUUUGACGACAUGUAAAUUUGUAUGAUUGUAUUUGUAUCGGUGUUUUAUUUUCGGCCUGCAAAGUUUAUGAUAUAAUAUUUUCAAUUAGGACACAUAAAGCUCUUAAAUGUUCUUCGGUCCUUUACGUGUAUCCAAAGUCCAAACAUAGCUAUCAAAGCUCCCAACCAAAGAGCACAACAAUAAGUCAAUUAUGAAAUAAUUCAAGAUAAUCUGGAGAACAAUAAUUUUUAACGACUUAUCGUCUAGUCAAUAUAUAUAGUUUAAAUCUUGAAUUUCGUAACUGAAAAUUGUUUUUUUUUUUUUUUACCUUCAAAUAUUAUCAUUAAAGAGUUUAUUUUCCACAUGCUAAUAAUCAUAAUCCUAAAGAGUUAAAUUAGCUGAGUUGCCACUUGUUUUAAUUUGCAAUGAAUGAAGCGACAUUUGUAAGAAAGUAUAUAUCUUGGUCCUUUUAUAUCACGUAAUGUGCAAGCUAUACUAAUAGUAUAAGACUAGUCAUGGACUCUAUAACUUUUCAUUAAUUUUUUUAAUCAUACCCAUUAGGCAAUUAAUCUAUGCAUACGUAUAAGUAUGUUGAAAAUAUAUACAAACCAUUAUGCGAUGAGUACAAAAUGCAUAAACGCACCUCCUUUUACACUAGGUUACGUUUACAAAUUGACCGAUUUAUAAAAUAUACUUAAAUUUUAGUAAGAAAAAAAAACAAAGCCGUUUACAAAACAUAUAUAUUAACUUUUCACCAUGCCUAUCAUAUUACUUGGAAUCCUUCACCAAAUCAUUUUGUUUGACUUGGAAGAGCGGAGCUAUAGUUUUCUGGUCGACGAAGUUAUAACUGUUAUGUCAAAUUUAGACCAAAAUUUAUGAUAUAACUCAUCAUUCAAUAAACUAUUAACAUCUAUAUGUGCGUAACCGGGUCUCGUGGUCUGGUGGUAAAGGAACCUCGGCUGAGGUGCCCGCCAUCACGAGUUCGAGCCCCAGCCACAGCGGAUUUAACAUGGUUUCUGUUUGGCUUCCAGGACCUUCUUCGCCAGUUCCGGUUGGACGCGGUGGAAUAGUCGAACUAAGUGAGAGGUCUGGAUACCUGAAUUAUCAAAAAAAAAAAAAUCUAUAUGUGCGUAUAGUUUAUAAAUAUAUACACUUAAUUAUACUCUACAAUCACUUGAAUUUUUUAAAACUUCUUAACAACCUUCUAUGUGAUAUAUUAACUCUUACUCCUUAUCAUAAAAACUGCACGAGCCAGCUUAUAUACGCAUCACUCAGAUAACAUACAACUUACAAGUAACUGGAUUGAUGUAGAGAGAGACUUAAAACAAGUUAAUAGAUAUAUUGAGGGUUAAAUUUUGGGGGUUGAUAGUUUAAAAACUAUUGCAUAAAAUGUAAACGUUACAGAGACAUGUUUGGAGCAUGUUCUUGUGGUGGUCAAUUUUUCCAAACAGGCUUUAAACUAUCUGUUCCUCUGUACGAGUUACUUUUUGACAGUAGGUUAUAUCCAUUAACCGGUAAAGAGAGAUUCGGAAGACGGAGACUUGGCCGAAAAUGGUGUCGAGACUAGCUAGCAUUGGCGGGUCGUGGUGCUGAUGCGUGCAGUUUCGGGUUACCUCCUUCUAAACAACAUACAAGGUUGUUUGUAGAUUGAACUUGGCAUGUGCUAUAAGUCUAAAAAUGAAAUGCUGUAAACUAGAAUUAUGAAACAAGAUCUCCUUUAAACCUGCAAGAACCAGUUUCGAAUCUCUUUGUUACAGCUCCAGCCUAAAAAUUAAAUAGCUCUUAUCUUUUGAUUUUGAUUACAGAGAAGCUAAGUGGACGAAACGUUCAAUACCUAACUUCUUAACCGUCUUGGUUAAAAGGAAGGCAUGUGGACGUUUAGAUUUAUUCUAGUUAACAGAACUAGCUAGCACAUAAUUUUAUUUUAUUUUUUAGUAACGAUAUUACAUGUGCUUUAACGCACUACAAUCGGUUUACAAUGAAUAUUUUUGGUGCACUACGUAUACUAUCAUUUACCACUGUAUGCUUUUACGCUUCUUUACUAAACCGCCAAAGCAUUUUUAUUAUAUCAAAGAAGAAAACCACUAUGAUAAUUUUAUCAACAAAAAAAUGUUUUCUAUGAUAAAGAUCCUCCACAAGAUUCGAUUUUGAUGCUUGGCGAUAACUGAAUUUUAUCUUCUGUCCAUAACUAUUAUUUAAGGUGUAUUAGUCAAAAUAUAAAAAAAAACUAUUAUUUAAAUUGCUGCCAUUAGCUACCUACGUCAAUAUUUAUUAGGGUUUUGAUUGAUAAUAAUAAUUUUCCUGAAACUAAUAAUAUCUAUACGGUUAUGUAUGGAACCUUGAAAGGUAUAAAUAGAUAGCAAGGCAAAAGUACGUACUACACAACGUGUAGCAAAGAUUCAUUCACUACUAGCUCAAAAGUAAAACCACUUUUCAUUCCCAACAAAAAUCCAAUACAAAACAAAUUAUAGCCAUGAGCAUGAGUAUCAUUAAUCCAUCUAGUUUCACACUUGUUAUAUUUUCCUUUACGUUGGUCUUGGCUCUCGCUAUGCUUUUCUUGAUAGUCAAGAAACCUAAAGAGCAGCUUCCUCCGGGCCCACGGGGAUGGCCGAUCAUAGGGAACUUGUUCCAUAUGAUCAUGAACCGACCGGUUCAUGUGUGGAUCCACCGUUCCAUGGAGGAUAUGCAAACGGAGAUAGCUUGCUUCCGCUUCGCCCGGGUCCGCGUCAUCACCGUAACCUCAAGCGAGAUCGCCCGAGAAGUGCUUAGAGAAAAACACGAGGCUCUUGCAGACAGAUCAGAGUCGUACUCGAGCAAUCUUAUUAGCCAUGGCUACAAAGAAAUUGUUUUCUCUUCCUACGGAGAGAAUUGGAAGCUGAUGAAGAAAAUGAUGACCACAAAACUAAUGUCUCCGACAACGUUGAACAAAACCCUCGGUGAUAGAACACUAGAAGCGGAUAAUAUCGUCACGUAUGUUUUUAAUCUCCCCCAACCAGGGUGCAUUAACGUGAGAGAUAUUGCCUUAACGUAUUGCCAUGCCGUGAUGAUGAGGAUGAUGUUUGGCCAGAGGCAUUUUGAUGUAGCCGCUGAGGACGGAGGUCUCGGGCCAAAAGAGAAAGAGCAUAUGGACGCAAUUUACCGAGCUCUAGAUUGUUUUUUCAGCUUUAAUGUAACGGAUUACUUACCUUUUCUUAGAGGAUGGAACAUCGAUAACGAGGAGGAGGAGGUCAGAGAAGCGGUUGAUAUCCUCAACAGAUGCAACGACCCGAUCAUCCACGAGAGAAUGCAUUCGUGGAGGAACAAAGGCGGUAAAGAGACUGAAGAAGAUUGGCUCGAUAUUCUCAUCACCCUUAAAGAUGACCAAGGAAUGCCUUUGUUCACAUUUGAUGAGAUUAGGGCUCAGUGCAAGGAUAUCAAUGUUGCAACAAUUGAUAAUACGAUGAAUAAUGUGGAGUGGACGAUAGCAGAGAUGUUGAAUAAUCCUGGGAUUCUUGAGAAAGCCACUACUGAAUUGGACGUGGUAGUUGGUAAAGACAGACUUGUGCAAGAAUCAGACAUACCACAACUCAACUACAUCAAAGCUUGUAGUAGAGAAUCUUUCCGGCUUCACCCAGCUAAUGCCUUCAUGCCUCCGCACGGAGCCCGACAAGAUACUACUCUUGCUGGUUAUUUCGUUCCCAAAGGUAGUCAAAUUCUUGUGAGCCGUCUAGGGCUUGGUCGCAAUCCUAAUAUAUGGGACGAGCCUAACGUGUUCAAGCCAGAACGCCACCUUUCUGGCCAUGUUGGAAACUCAAUGGACGUGACUUUGAUGGAGCCUGAGAUGAGGUUCGUAAUAUUCAGCACUGGUCGACGUGGCUGCGCAGGUACUAAAAUUGGGACAUCUAUGACUAUAAUGUUGCUCGCCAGGCUUCUUCAGGGGUUCGAAUGGACCCUCCCUAAUGACAAAAGUCAAGUCGAGCUUGUUCCAGCGGACAGUAACUUGUUCAUGGCCAAACCUCUACUCGCAUGUGCGAAACCAAGGUUGGCUCCAACUUUAUAUCCGAAAAUACAGGUCUAAAACUCAGAGAAAUUAUUCUCUUGGAAAAAUUAUCAAGAUAUGUAAUAAUUGAAAUAAGGUUUACUGACUAUAAAAACCAUGUAUCCUACGUUGUACUCUUUCGUUAUCUUUUAAUCCAAUAUUACAGUGAUAAGACUUAUUGUUAUGUCAAUUUAGCAACGGAGAAAUCCAUAUUUUUUGUUGCUUUUUAUUAUGGGUUUCUUUGAGUUUUCAGAAGAUUAUGCGUUUUUAAUACAAUGAAAAUCCAAUGAAGCUGACGAUUAAAAACAGAAUUAGGAUUUGAGAUUAUAAUAGAAUAAAGACUUUUUGCAUAAACCAUUAUAUGUUUUUUAGUUGAAAAAGUUAGAGAGAGGUGAGAGAGUAGAUUCUCUCUUUUCUUUCUCUCCCACCGUUCAUCUUCUACUCGACAAAGCCACCGCUGAUUCUCGUUCCGGUGGCCGACGGAGGGUCUCUACCCGUCGGUCGCCACCCCAAUCGCUCCUGAGUCCAGCUUCAUCCCCUCUCUAGCCUCGAUUUCUCCAUAUCCUCCUUGCUCUUCUUCUCUGGUUCUUCGUCGGUUUUCGGCCGGAACCGGCGAAUCAAAACGGUGACUGAGUGUGUCCUCGGUCUCCCUGGAGUGAUGGCGAGGAUGUGGAUAGUCGGAUCUGAGCAGGAGGCACCGUCUAGGUGGUAGAUCUAGGGUUUUGAUUUCGAGCGGAUCUGGGUCAGUUUCUCUCUUGGAGGGUCCGACGGAGUGGCUGAGCGUCGCUGCCUUUGCCUCUCUUGUCGCUGCCUCCUCUGUCUCCCCUUGUCUCCUCUUCCGGCUGCUAUUGGUAAAAACUUCCCUCUCUCGUUCUGAGUUAAAAAGACGAUACCAAAGCUUAUCGUCGGGGACUUCUUUCUGGUUUGGUUCUUCGAUAAUCACCAUGGCGCCUAGUUAGGUUUUAGAACUGUCUGGGGUUUGGGUUGACUCAGAGCUUUCGUGCCGUUGCUCUGCUAUGUCCCUACUCCAUUCGAUGGGUCUUUUCUCCUCUUCCGCCUGCUGAUGGGAGCUUCUUGUUCCUCCGCUUCUCAAGUUUCAGAAGGUUGAUAGCCACUGUCCCCUGCCUCUCUUGAUGUUCUGUAACUGGUUACCUUUUGUGCUCUGCUCGCGGGAUGGGACCGGAGUUCAGCCGUAUAAACCUCCGCUUCCAUCUGCCAGUACUCCACCUGCGUUUCAUCUGCUGGUUCCUCCUCAUCGGUUUGGAUUCUCAGGAGUGCAGCUUGCCGUCUUCUUGAGCUAGCAGCGUCUGGAGUGGACUUCACUGGUUAGGAAUGGCCGGACCAGGACUUGCCGACCCUGCUUCGCCUGUUCCACGGUUGGAGUCGCCCUCGGGACGGUCUGCGGUCCCUCAGACUGUUCUCCGGCUGUGACCUCUUUGGACUCGUGCGGUUUUGAUGCAGGUCCCGGCAUCAAUCUAUUCGCUGUGGUCUGCUGUUAACUUAAUGGUUGUCAAUUGAACCAUAUUGUUAGUCAAGCUUUAAUCACAUCCAUAUGGCUGGGAUUGAAACUUUGUUUGUCUUAGUGAGUUCUUUUUAGCUUUUUUUGUGGCUCCCUAAGACGCACUUGCUUUGAGUAGCGAUUUAGAUACAGUAGGUUUUGAUUCAUCAAGCUGAAUGUAUCUCUCUGCAUCAUUAUUGAUUUACUGAAAAUUCACAUACUUAACAAAAAAAA